AUGGAUAGUUACACCAGUGAUGAAGACAUCGAUGAUGACUUUGAUACCCAGCUCAUCAUUCAACAGAGUUUACAGGAUAUUCACAAGCCAGGAAAUGCACAGCAGGCGCCUGGGGAUGAGAGUUUCCAUUCCUUUUUGAGCACAGACUGUAAGAAGAUACUUGAAACAAUAGAGACAGGUGAGGAAGAUGCAUUGUCACACCUGACCAGGUACUGUUCCGCUUUCGAUGAAGCAGAUGAGAUUGGCCGGCUUCCUCUGCAUAAGGCUGCAGUGCAAUUAAACACGAACAUUUUGAAAAUAACCCUGAAAGCUUCAAAACCCAGUGCAUGGGAGCAAACCACCCACAAUGGUGAAACACCACUUUUUUUGGCUGUCAGCAAUUGCCUCUUAGAAAAUGCCAGUUUUCUUCUUCUCAAUGGCUGCAAUCCGAAUGCCAAGAAUUUUGAAGGCAGUUCUCCUCUUCUUACAGCUGUUCUACAUGACUCCUACGACAUGGCGGCCUUGCUGAUCAGCCAUGGGGCAGACGUCAAUCUGCGGUGUGCCAACGAGAGGACAGCUCUCCACGAAGCAGCCAAACUGGGCAGACGGGAUAUGGUGAAGCUACUGCUGGCUUCUGGGGCACACCCUGACCCACAGAGCUCCUACGGAUUCACUCCUCUUGCUCUUGCUGCCCAAAGUGGAAACACCGAAGUCAUGGAAAUAUUACUACAAAAAGGUGCGAAUGCUCUUGGUCAGGCCUCUGAUUCUUCUUCCAUCUUACUUGAAGCCGCUAGUGGAGGAAAUCCAGACUCUGUGACACUCUUGCUAGAGUAUGGAGCUGAUGCCAACGUCCCUAAGAAUUCAGGCCAUCUACCCAUUCAUGUGGCAGCUGACAGAGGCCACUUGUUAGCUCUAAAGAUUUUGAUUCCAGUUACGGAUUUUGCUGCCAUUAAGCAGAGUGGCAUCAGUCCAGUUCACUGUGCAGCAGCAGGAGCACACCCUGAAUGCCUUGAACUUCUCAUCCAGGCUGGAUUUGAUGUAAAUUUCAUGCUAGAUCAGAGAAUUCGCAAACACUAUGAUGACCAUAGGAAGUCAGCUUUGUAUUUUGCUGUAUCAAAUGGUGACCUCUCUUCAGUUAAGCUGCUUCUGAGUGCUGGAGCUCUGCCUAACCAAGACCCAGUUAACUGCCUCCAGAUAGCCCUAAGGAUGGGCAACUAUGAGCUGAUAAGUCUGCUGCUACGGCAUGGGGCCAAUGUAAAUUACUUCUGCAGAGUCAACCCGUUACACUUCCCAUCAGCACUGCAAUACACAUUGAAAGAUGAAGUCAUGCUCAGGAUGCUGUUGAAUUAUGGAUAUGAUACAGAGCGAUGCUUUGAUUGUCCUCAUGGAGAUAAAGUUCGUUUCUAUACAUUUGAGGGCUGGACAUCUACAGUUAUCAAAGAUACUAUGUUCUGCGAAGUAAUAACUUUGUCGUGGUUGCAACAUCUCUCUGGAAAGGUUGUUAGAGUAAUGCUUGAUUAUGUUGAUCAAGUUCGGAUCUGUUCAAAGUUGAAAGCUGUGCUCCAGAAACAGGGUCUCUGGUCAGAAAUCCAUAGUAUCUUGACAAACCCUCGAUCCCUAAAACAUUUGUGCCGCCUCAAGAUCCGGAAGUGUAUGGGACGGUUGCAUUUGCGCUGCCCCGUCUUCAUGUCAUUUCUUCCGUUACCCAAUCGUCUAAAAGCAUAUGUCCUUUACAAAGAAUAUGACCUUUAUGGACAAGGAAUUUUUACAGGAACCUGGUAAUCAAACUAUUCUGGUUGAAAAGGUAUAGUUCUUUAGCUGUAUUUCUUAAAAUCUGACUUGUCAUAUGAUUUCUAUUUCUCACUGUAGCAACUAAAACCUCAAUUCA